UCUCUCUCACCCUUUUAAGGCUCCUGCUCCACCCCCCUCUCUUUCUAAAAUCUCCCAUUCUCUCUCCGAAACCUUUUCACUCAUUCAUGGCGUCUCCAAAAGAGGGACACUACAGAGGAGUUAGAAAGAGGCCGUGGGGUCGCUACGCAGCAGAGAUUCGAGACCCAUGGAAGAAAACCCGAGUCUGGUUAGGCACUUUCGACACCCCUGUCGAGGCCGCUCUAGCCUACGACGACGCAGCUCGCUCUCUCCGUGGUGGCAAGGCCAAGACCAACUUUCCUGGCCCCCUUCUCGACCUCAACGUGCCCUCCGAUCACCUCUGGAUCUCGCCGUCCGUUGGCCGCCACGUCAUCGGAGAGUUCCUACUUACUGGUGUUCUCAAGGGAGGCGCCACGACGAGUGGCGACGCGGCGGUGAGUGGCGGCGCCGGAGUGGCGGCGCCGGAGAGUGGGUAUUUUGGGGUGGGGAGACGUGGGUUGGGGGUUGAUUUGAAUGAGCCUCCACCGUUGUGGCUUUGAUGAACGACGACGUUUGUGAAAUCGUAGUAGUCACUCUGUAUUUUUUUUGAAAAAUCAUUUCUUGUUUUUUGUUUGUUCGUUUGUAUGUGUUUUUGAGAGGCAAAGAGAGUGGGUCUGAUUAAUGAAAACUAAUCAUGGUUUGUACAUAUUAUGCUUCUUAUGCUUUGUAGUAUGAAACCACCUUGGAUACAUACAA